UGUGAUUCUUCCUAGAAACUUAGUUUCACACUCUUUUUACUUUCCGUUUUAAUUGUCAAAUAGCAUAGAGAUCAUGGUCAGCUUCCAGUGCGAUAAUUGUGGCGACAUUGUCAAAAAACCCAAACUCGAUCAGCAUCGUAACCGCUGUCAUGCUACGUUUACCUGCAUUGAUUGCUCAACUACAUUCCAGGGCACUGCAUACAAAGCACAUACCUCUUGCAUAUCCGAAGCUGAGAAAUAUCAAAAGUCGUUGUACAAGAAAAAGGGAAACAACAAGAACAACAAUAACAGCGGCGCAAAGAACGGACAGAAUAAUAACAACAACAAGAAGCAAGAACCUCAACAGAAGCAGGAAGAAAAGCAGCAAGCCAGUGCUCCAGCAAAGCCUUUGUCCCUUGUUGACGAACUGAAGAAAAAGAAGGCUACAGAAGCAUCCACUGGUGAGAAGCGCAUGCAGGAAGACGAAGAAGAGGACGAAUCGAACAAAAAGGCUAAGAAUGGAGCCAAGUGGGAAGAGACCGAACUUCCAGGUGAUGCUGGAAAAGCUGUUGAAUUUGCCCUCCGUGAAGCUCUUCGUACCUCGAAGUCCCCAUUGUCGAUAAAAGAUGCUCGAAAAAAGGCUAUCAAGCUUUUAACUUCGCAUCCAAAGUCCAAAAACAAGGACAAAAAAGAUUUGAAGGAAAAAUUCGAUGAGAGCUUACUGCUGAUCCAGGCAGGUGAUGUUGUUACCGUCAAGACUGCAUAAAACUGAAAUAUCGAUAACACACGUGUACGAAUAUCCAACAUCUUGCAUUUCUAUUCUUUUAAUUAACCAAUUUUUACAUCUUUAUAUCUCGAACAUCAAUUGAAAAAGUACUCAUUUGCAUUAAUAAAACAAAACUUGAUCACAAUAUGUAUUGUGAACAAUUUGUAAAGCGACUUAUGAUGUAUAAGU